CAACUUGCACAGUCAUGUAAUGGCUGCUGAAUUUUGAUUGGCCGUUGGUGGCCAUUUUGUUGAAGGAGCCAAAUGGAAUUUUAUGAGAUUAUGUCGGAGCAGAGGUGUAUCUGUGUGUGUUGAUCUCGUUCUCAUUAGCCAUGGCUGCGUUGUGUUCUGCUGUGCUGGUGUGUCUCUCCGCUCUCCUCUCCGUCGGCUCCUCUGGGGGGCUGCCUGACAUCAGCGACCCGCAGUUCAUCCAGAGCUGCGUGAAGCUCCACAACACCCACCGCUCGCAGGCUCAGCCCCCAGCCAGAGACAUGCAGUACAUGACGUGGGAUGAGGCUUUAGCCAAAAGUGCCAAAUCUUGGGCCAAGAAAUGCCAGGCAUCCCACAAUCCCUUGCUGAAGCAGGCCGGGAAGCUGCACCCUGAGUUCCCUCGCGUCGGGGAGAACAUCUGGGUCGGGCUGCCAGUGAGCUCCUUCUCCGUGGAGAACGCCCUGAGGGCCUGGAACGACGAAAGGCAACACUACACCUUGCGGACCAACACAUGCAACAAGACAUGCGGCCAUUACACCCAGUUGCUGUGGGCUAAGAGCUAUAAGGUGGGCUGUGCUGUGCUCCCCUGCCCCAGAGGCAUCACAGGCUUCAGUGACAGCCCAAAAGCAGGCAUAUUUGUGUGCAACUAUGGAGAAGGUGGGAAUUUGGCAGGGGCCGCCCCUUACACUGAAGGGCCAUCAUGUGCCGUCUGCUCUAAAGAUCACUGUGAAUCCAAUCUCUGCAGGGAUCCAAAGAGAGAUGCAGUCAAAACUCAUGAUUGGUCCCUUCCAGUGGAUUCUUCCUCCUCGGCUCUCAGCAUCUUUCAGCGGACGGCUGCUACCAGCCAGAGCCAAUCACUCAUGGUUUUAUUCUUGGUACUAGUUUCAGUUUAUUGAUCACAACCCAAUCACUCAUGGCUUUAUUCUUGGUACUAGUUUCAGUUUAUUGAUCACAACCCAAGAGAGAUCCCAAUGUAUGUAACAUAUAAGGUGUCAUGCUUUUUUUCCUUAUAUUUCAGUUUGUCAAAUUUUAUAUCACAAUAUUUCAAAAUAUACCUACAUAUAAUGAUGUAUGUUUACGACAUAAAUAUCAGAUAUGUAAAGUGACUAUAACUAAACUCAUAUUUUCUGAACAUUCUAUCAGGAGUGGUUGUUUUAAAAGACCUGAUUUGGCUCUUUCCUUAUAUUUCAUAUUUGUGUCAAUGUGUAAAAAAAAACUGUGUGUUCUGUCUGUAUCUGUUAAAAAAUAAAAUUAUA